AUGACAAAAGUGCUAUAUCUGUCCUUUUUACUUCGAACUGUACUAACAGACUAUAUAUUUUUGUUGAAAUCUUCAUAGCCAUUCAUUCAAACAGAAUUUUCAAUUUUAGGAGAAAAAUAUCAAGAUGAAUCAAUAUACAGACAAGGCGCUUGGUUUCAAUACCUACCCUUAACUUCCACCAUUUACUCUUAAUCUAUUGGGAUGAUAGACAGCAAUUGUUAUCAUUUAUUUAGUUCUGUAGAAAAACAAUCGUAAAGCUUGAACUCGUUAUAUUACGAUUGCUUAGAUCUUGAGUAAAUGACAAUAACGAAAUAUAUCAAAUUUAUUGGUAACGAUGCUUAACAAUAUAGUUUUGAAAUAAAUAUCAAUGUUCUCGAAUAUGAAAACCAAUGGUAUUAUUUUGAAUUUAUAUUAUUUCUUUUCAGCAACAGAUCUUAACUCAUAAUUAUUAAGAAUGAAGAAGUCUUGAAAAAUGAUAUUGUAAAUGUUUUACCAUUUAAAGAUGAAAGAAUAAUUUAAUAAAUUGGAGGUGAUUUAGUGGUUGUAAAUUCAAAAAUAGUCAAUAUUGGUAUUGGAGAUAAAUUUGCUAUAUUUCCAGGUAAAAUUGUGCCAAUUUCUUACAAUGAUACCAUUAUGGAUUUUGUCUCAUGUGCAAUUGAAUUAAUUAAGUUUGAUAAAGCUUGUAUAUGCUAAAACAAUCCAACGAGUAAUUUACAAAACCAAGAUUAUGUUUAUCUAAAUACUUCAAUAUAUACAUCCAAAUUAAAGAAUUGCAAUUAUUUUACAUUUACAGGAUGGUUUAAGAUUAAUGAAAUAAUUCAAAAUGACAAAGAAAUGACAUUUUAAUUUAUUAAAUUAACUUCAAACAUGUAAAAUCGUUAAUUUUAAAACUAAAAUAUAUCUCCUUUAUAAUUAUAUUAUAAGCUUACAUAAGAUGAAAAUAAAAUAAUAAUCACAACUUAUAGUUACACGUACCCAUCAGUUACUUUAGACUUUACAAACGAUCCUUUUCUAAUAAGGAAAGAAUUUUAGAUUUUGAAUAAUAUCCAAUUAUGGCAUCUAUUAUACUUAACACUAGAUGAAAGUAAGUUGGAUUUCAAUAUUAAAUUUUUUGAGAAUAGGGAAAUUUAUGAGUACAAGACAUAAAUUAUAGUUAAGCAUUUUCAUUAAAUCUAUUUUAAGCUCUUUUUAGGUAAUUUGUAAAAAUCCACCACAAAUUAUCUAAAUAUUAUGAGUAGGAAUCUCCAUUUUUUUAAUUGUGAUCAAAACUUUUAAUAGCAAAAUUGUCAUAAAAGUUGUGAUGAAUGUGAUGGUCCUACUAAUCAAAAUUGUUUAUCUUGUUCGAUAGAAUCAUAAAGAAUCUACUUUCGAGAAUAUCAAUAAUGUUUAUGUCCUUUUAAUACUAUUGACUACAAUGAUGAAUGUUUAAGCUAUGCUUACUUUGGCUUUUAGUUAAAUUCAAAUGCAGAAUAAGAUGACGGAUGUAAGUAUGGACAAUUUGAACUUAAUGGCAUAUGCUAUUAAUGGUAAUUUUAUUAAUUAUAAUCCAAGCCCAGGGUAAUAAAAUUCAUAAACUAUAGCCUGUUUAGAAUGUGUUUUGAAUCCAAAAGAUUGGAUUAGCAAUCCUUAUUGCGAUAUAUUUUUAUACUUAGAUCAAAAUGGAAGGACAUCUUAGUUCUAAAAAGAAAGUUUUCAGUCUAUACAUAGGCAUUAUUUCACAUUUAAUGGUAUAGAUCUUGAAUUAUGUCGGAAAUGUUAAGAAUCAAGCCUUACAAAUUAGGAGAAUAUAUACUAAGAUUUAGCUAUUAAAUAGGAAUCGUUUAAAUCAUUUUGUUUUUCAGAAAGUUAUGUGUAAUAAUGUUACGACUGCAGCAUUGAAAAGUGUAAUUUGUGCGCUCUUUUAAUCACAGGUUAGAUUUGUCUUCAAUGCUCAUCAUACUCUAUAUUGGUAGAUGGUUAUUGUACCGGGAUUUAUGUAGGUGACUUUUAAGUAAAUGAUUGUUUAUCACCUUAUUAUAUAUCAUCAUCUAAAGAAUGUAAAAAGUGCCUUAUUGACAAUUGUAUUUAUUGUUUUGAAUUCGUCGUAGAUAACUUGAAACUAGCAACACUUUAUUUUGACUUCAAAGAAUUCAAUGGGGAUGAUAAUUUUUAAGUGGGAUGUGCUAUGUGUAAUGAUGGAUAUGUUUUUGAUUUUAGAAUCGGAUUGUGUCUAAAAUAAACUCCUAAAAUAGAUACUUGUCUUAGAAGUUACAUUAAUUUAGAGGGAAUAGAACUAUGUACAUUAUCUUCAAAGUAGGAUUUCUCAGUUGCAAGAGAAAUAAUCGAUUGCGAAUAAUUCAUUUCCAAUUGCUUGUAAUGUUUUCUUACUGUUCAGUCAAUCUUAAGAUGUAUUCUAUGCAAAGAAGGUUACACUACUUCAACGUCUGAAGUCAAUGGUUAAUGCAAUCUAAGCUUAAGGCCCUAUUAAUUAAUAAGCAUAGAAGGAAAUGUUUAUUCAAUGGAUGCAUGGGUGUAAAGAAUUUAGAGUUUUAUGGGAUCCUUUUUGCCAAAUUCAUAUUAUUAUCCAAUAUCUGAAUGGAGUUUUUAAAGUGAUGAAAUUGCAAUCUCUUGCAAGGAAAGAUAUUAGUUGAUUUUAUUUAAAUAUUGUCUUUAAUAUUGUAAUUCAAGCUGUUAAGAUUGCAAAGUGAAUUCUGCAGAAAAUGGAUACUUUUGUAAUAAAUGUCCAUUAGAUUAUUUUAAGCAGAAUUAAAGAGUAUAAGUAAAUGGAAUUUGUUAGUCAUGCUCACUUCUUUGUACUUACUGUUAAUCUAGAGAUAAUAAUGAAAUUAAUGUAAUUUAUUUAUAAAUCGUAUUUAGCAAAUUUCUACUUAUUUUAUUUCAAGUUAAGAUACUGAAUUAUUUUCAAAAAAGUGCUAUUUCCCUACUUAAGAUCCAAAUAUUAUCCUUUUACCUAAAUAAUUAAUUCCUAUAUUUUGUUUAGAUAAAUACUGCCAGAAUACUUUAAUUUACGAUUAUUACAGUGAAGAUUGUGUUCAUGAUUAAAUCAUAACAUCUAAUUUACUCAAUUAAGCAACUAUAAAAUACUUAAAUUAUGUUGGAGUCCUUAAAAUUAUUAUACAAAUUGAAAUUUCAACAACCAUUUAAAUAUGUGAGAAUGGAAUUUGGAUUGAUAGCAGAUUAUUAAAAUAAAAUGUAUUUUCUUUCUAAGAAACUGAUUUAAUUAUUAAUGGUAAUAACAUAGUCUAUGGGAAUGUUAUUAAUUAUGAAAUCAAAAAUUUUGAUUCAAUUGUUUUGUCUAAUUUAACUAUUAUUUUAUAAAACUAUUCAUUCAACUUUGGCAAUACUAAGGUGAAACUUACAAUGAAGAAUAUUAUAUUUAUUGGAAAAGAGAUGGAUUAAAAUGCGCCACUUUUAUAUUCAAAAUACUUAAGUAGCAUUGAAUUAGUAAACAUCACCAUUAGAAAUGUAACUUUUUCUGAAGCUUCAUUCAUCCAAUUAGAUACCUUAUAAUUUUCAGGUUAUAUGCGUAUUGAAUAGCUCCUAAUCUAAGAUUCGUACUUUUUCAAUUCUAAUUUCAUUUUGAUUCUGAACAGUUAAUUGUCUAUGUAAAUUAAAAAAUUAGUAAUUGAAAAUUGCACACUAAUGAAUUCAUCUAUCAUUAAUAUAAGGUAAAAUCUAUUCUUUAACAAUCUUAAUCACUUAUCUACAUUCAUCAUGAAAAAUUGUAAUCUACAAUAAUCAAAUUUUUAUAUGUGA